AUGUUUGUUUGUGUCAUGGGUCGAAUUGCUGCAAUUUAUCGGAUUCCCUUUGCAGUAACAAAUAGAGCUUCAUUUGGAAUCUGGGGAUCAUUUUGGCCCAUCUUAAAUCGGGCAGCAAUGGCAGUCAUAUGGUACGGGGUACAGGCUAUUUGGCCAGAUUACAAAGUUUUGCCGAACACAAUGCCUGCCGGAGCGGGUGUUAGCACUAAGCAGUUUGUGAGCUUUUUCCUUUUUUGGAUGCUCUCUUUGCCGGCCCUAUGGUUUCCCAUAUAUAAAAUCCGGCAUCUUUUUACAAUAAAGGCAUACUUCUCCCCGGCAUGUGCAAUUGCGUUCUUUGCAUGGGCGAUCUGUCGUGCACAUGGACUAGGUCCCAUCAUCACCCAAUCAAAUACUGUACAUGGGAGUGCUCUGGCCUGGGUGUUUGUGAAGAGCAUCAUGAAUUGCAUUGCUAAUUUCGCAGCCCUGAUCAUAAAUAACCCCGAUUUUGCAAGAUAUGCACGCAAGCCUUCAGAUGCGUUGUGGCCUCAGCUCAUAACGAUUCCAGUAGGCUUUGCAGUGACAUCGUUUAUUGGCAUAAUUUGUGAUAUUUCACCAACCAGUGUGGAAUCCACUCACCCUCUUGGGCAUGUUUCUAAGGGGGCAAGCUCAGCUGAAAGAUUUGGCAUAUUCGUUAUUGCAAGCGGAUUUGCUCUAGCACAACUGGGAACAAAUAUUGCUGCAAACUCGGUCUCUGCUGGUACCAACUUGACUGCCCUUCUUCCAAGAUUUUGCACUAUUCGAAGAGGAGGAUACCUUUGCGCUGCCAUUGGUCUCGCGAUGUGUCCCUGGACAUUAGUGGCGUCAUCUAGCAAAUUCACAUUGUACCUCUCGGCAUACUCAGUCUUUUUAUCGGCAAUUGCGGGGGUAAUGGCGAGUGAUUACUACUUGGUCCGCAAAGGCUAUCUUGAUAUUCAACAGCUAUACAAUCCUUCCAAGGAUGGGUCCUAUUAUGGUAUGCUGGGAGUUUCAUGGCAUGGCUAUUCUGCUUAUCUUUGCGGCAUUCUCGUCAACAUUGUUGGAUUUGCUGGAGCUGUGGGUGUUCAAGUUCCCGCUGGGGCAAGAUACAUUUACGAUAUCAAUUAUUUUUCUGGAUUCAUUGUGUCAGGCGCAGUGUACUGGUUGCUUGCACGACUUAGUCCCAUUGCUGCAACAAGUGAGACAUGGCAAGAAAUUCCUUAUGAGGCAAGGCCUCUUCCAGAUAUGGAGAAAGCAGCAGAUGAUCCCUAA